AUGGUCUUCAGUAUCUACGGCGCAUGUGCGGCUUUGGGCUUCUUCGUGGGUAUUUUCUUCUCCGGACUCUCGGGUGAAUAUCUUACUUGGAGAUGGUACUUCUUCAUCGGAGCGAUUCUCUCCGCCAUCACAGCAGCUCUGUCGCUCUUCUCCAUUCCCCGCGAUUAUUCCGAAAAAAGAAAAUUGGGUAUCCGGAUGGACUGGCCUGGUGCCUGUCUUUCCAUCCCGGCAGCUGUGCUCGUUGUUUUCGCCAUUGCGGACAGCUCAUAUGCACCGCAAGGGUGGAGAACGCCGUAUAUCCCUCUGUUCUUCGUUCUUGGGCUCAUUCUCAUGGGAGUCAUGGUUUAUAUGGAAGGAUGGGUUGUAAAGAAUCCUCUGCUGCCUGGUGAUGUUUUUCGGGUCAAGUAUAUGCUGCCUCUGGUCAUCGCUCUACUAUUUCUUUAUGGCACUUUGGGCAUCUUCCUACUAUAUGCCGUCCUUUACAUGUCCGAAAUGAUGGGUGCUUCGCCAAUGCAAAUCGUGGCAUGGACUGCGCCUAUGGGAGUCGGUGGUCUUAUUCUCUCAGUGGGUGGAGGAAUGAUCUUCCACAAAGUCCCAGGAACGAUAUUGAUGCUAAUAUCAUGUCUCGGCUACGUGGGGUCUGGGUUGCUUUUCGCCGUCAUCCCUAUUGGGGGAAAUUACUGGGCUUUCGUAUUCCCGGCAAUGAUAUGUGGCACAGUCGGCAUUGACAUCAGCUUCAAUCUUGCCAACGUCUUCAUCACGACAAAUCUUCCAAAAGCAAGACAGGGCUUAGCUGGUGCUUUGAUCAACUGCACUCUACACAUGGGAAUCGCCGUGAUGCUUGGUUUCGCAGAUAUUGUUCACUCCCAGACGUCUGACCUCGGUGCUCGGGACAGCUACAAGGCAGUCUUUUGGUACGAGACCGGACUAGCGAUCCUGGGACUUCUGAUUGUCGUCUUUUUCGUGCGAAUUAGGGAGGCUAAAAGUGAAUUUACACUGGAUGAAAGAGCAGCAAUGGCAGCAGAGGGAAAUGAAAGAGGUGGCGAGGUUUGA